AUGCCAGCUCUUUCCAGUAUUGCAGAGUCGUUGUCUGAAAGAGAGGAGGAUUUCUACGAAGUACUCCCAAUUGGCAGUGACGAUGAUGGAAAAAGGAUACAGGCUGAUGAAGUGGAUGAGAAUGAUGUAAACAGUUUGCAGAAUUCAAUCAUUGACUGGACAGAAGAUGAAACAUGGACCCCAUCUAAAGACACAGAAGAAGUUUCUACCUCAGAGGAGGAAACAAGAGAGGAAGACAGUGAGUCUGACGACAGUGACACGGACUACAUACCAACAAUACGAAUCAGACCUGGAGCUUCACUUGCCUACAAUAUUGAUGAGCUUCCUGUGGCCACUGUGGAGGACAUUGUGUAUGAUGGCAUAGGACAAGACCCUCACCUCCCACCUUGUGAUGAUCCGUCCAUACCAUGCAACAGCAUCAGAGUUGAAACCCCAGAGGACAUUAUUUCUGCACUUUUCAGAACUGGAAUAUAUAAAGAUUCUGGAGUGGAGCAUAGCUUCGAUAUGUGGCAUGGUGCAAAGAACCUCGGGAAACGAAUACAUGCUUCUGGCCAACAGCGGGAUUGCAAAAUUCUGUUGCAGUGGAAGAAAGACAUAUGCAAUCAUUUCUGGUUUUGCUGCAAAGUAGCAGAUAAUUAUGAAAGAUUCUUUCCCAUGUGGAUUGGCUUAUUGCACCCACGUCACUGGUGA